UUUUCCAUUUUCUCUGUUUCCCCCUUCACCUGAGAUAGAGAAGCCUCCGACCAAAAAAGCGGGCGAGGAGAGAGAAAAACUAGACGAGAGCGCGAGAGAAACCGGCGACUUCUGCGGCGUCCAUGACGGUGGAGGUAGUAAAAAGCGGCGUCGAUUGUACUUCUUCGGCGGCGGCAGCUAUUUUUCAGAACGGUAGCGUUGCAAAUGGAGAUUUGAAAGGAAACCCUAACAAUACUAAGAAACCGAAGGAGAAUCGCCGCCGCCGUCGUAAGCAGAAAAAGAAGAAGAGUUCUUCAUCUCAAGCUAAAGAUGAUGGAAAUGACAGUGAUGCUGAUGCCGACGCUGCUCCUCUCCAGGCCGUGGAGGAGGUUGAGGUGAAAUACGUGCCCGAAAAGGCUGACUUGGAUGAUGACAUGCUUGAAGAUUUCAAGAAGGUUUUUGAAAAAUUCACAUUUAAAGAACCCGAAGAAGAUGAGGGUGAUGAAAAGAAGGAUGAGAUAGACCAAGAUGCAGCUGGAAAGAAGAAAGAUGACUCAGAUUCGGAUGAGGAAGAACAGGAUAAUCAACAGAAGGAGAAAGGGAUCUCAAAUAAGAAAAAGAAGUUGCAAAGGAGAAUGAAGAUUGCGGAGUUGAAGCAGGUUUGCCGAAGGCCUGAUGUGGUAGAGAUCUGGGAUGCAACCGCACAUGAUCCCAAGUUGCUGGUGUUCCUUAAGUCAUACAGAAACACGGUUCCUGUCCCUAGGCAUUGGUGUCAGAAGAGGAAGUAUUUGCAGGGGAAGCGUGGUAUCGAAAAGCAGCCGUUUCAGCUUCCUGAUUUUAUUGCUGCAACUGGUAUCGAAAAGAUUAGACAGGCUUACAUUGAAAAGGAGGAUAGUAAGAAGUUAAAGCAGAAACAACGCGAACGCAUGCAGCCGAAGAUGGGAAAGAUGGAUAUUGAUUACCAGGUUCUGCAUGAUGCAUUUUUUAAAUAUCAGACGAAGCCAAAGUUGACUUCAUAUGGAGAUUUGUAUUAUGAAGGAAAAGAAUUUGAGGUAAAACUCAGGGAGAUGAAGCCGGGUACCUUGUCUAAGGAGCUGAAGGAAGCUCUUGGUAUGCCAGAGGGUGCUCCCCCUCCAUGGCUCAUUAAUAUGCAGAGAUAUGGUCCUCCACCAUCAUACCCACACUUGAAAAUUCCUGGGCUAAAUGCUCCUAUUCCACCUGGUGCUAGUUUUGGUUAUCACCCUGGGGGAUGGGGAAAACCUCCGGUUGACGAAUAUGGACGUCCACUGUACGGAGAUGUUUUUGGUGUUCAACAGCAAGAUCAACCUAAUUACGAGGAAGAACCCGUGGACAAGUCGAAGCAUUGGGGUGAUUUAGAGGAAGAAGAAGAAGAGGAAGAGGAAGAGGAGGAGGAUGAUGAUAUCAUGGAUGAUGAGGUACUUGAAGAGGAUGAGCUUGGUGAUGGCAUUCAGUCUAUUGAUAGCCUAUCAAGUACUCCUACUGGUGUGGAGACACCUGAUGUUAUUGACCUUCGUAAGCAACAGAGGAAAGAGCCCGAGAAAGCUCUUUAUCAAGUACUUGAAGAAAAAGAAGAGAGGAUUGCUCCAGGCACAUUGAUGGGAGUAUCUCAUACGUAUGCUGUUGGAGCUGCCAAUCAAGACAAAGCAGGAGCUAAGAGGGUUGAUCUUCUUAGGGGUCAAAAGGCAGAUAAAGUGGAUGUGUCUCUACAGCCAGAAGAGUUGGAGACCAUUGACAAUGUAUUGGCUGCAAAGUAUGAAGAAGCAAGGGAAGAGGAGAGGCUACGAAGCCAGCGGGAGGAUUUCAGUGAUAUGGUUGCAGAGAACGAAAAAAAGAGGAAGCGAAAGCAGGAGAAGGAUGGGAAGUCGAAGAAGAAGGAUUUCAAGUUUUAGUUUCAAAUGCGUUGUUUUUUGUAUCAUCUGUAGCAGGGUUACACCGUUUCUUCCCUAGUCGGGAAUUUGAUCCGUCUGGUCUAGGUCGUUGGUAGCAUAAAUUUUGGUUUAAUGGCGAAGCAGACAUUUAGUCCAGCAUCCCGUGGUUCUGCAGUAUUUAGCUGAGAGGAUAUAGAUCUGUUUGUGCUGCCACUGUUAAUUUCAUCUUGAACUUGGAUGUAAAACCAUAAACCACCUCCUUGUAUAAAAGAGAGCAGUUAAUAUAUUUGUAUGUUACUUCUUAA